GCCAUGGCUCUUCCCCCUCCUCCACCACAGUUCGUGCUUCGAGGCGCCCAGGCAGCAGUAAAUUCCCUGCAUUUCUCCUGCAGGAGCCAAGCACAGAGCCCCCCGCUCCUGUUCUCUGGGUCCCUCAGUGGCCUGGUGCACGUCUGGAACCUGCACAGCCGAAGAGUGGACACCACGCUGGACGGCCACGGAGGGCAGUCUGUGUACUGGGUGAAGACUCUGGGAGACCAACGCUUGUUACUCAGCCAAGGACGAGACUUGAAGUUGUGCUUCUGGGACCUGGCCGAGGGCCGGAAUGCCCCGGUGGAUUCCCUGGCCCUGGACAGUGUUGGCUUCUGUAAGGGAUCUGUCCUCACUGAAGGGGCCCAGGAAUGCUGGCUCCUGGCAGUGCCAGGGAGAGGUAUGGAUGAGGUUCGGGUUUUGGACAUGCCGUCCAAGACGUCAGUCUGUACCUUGAAGCCAGAGGCCGGUGCCAAAGCGGGCAUGCCCAUGUGCCUGGAGCUGUGGCAGCCUGCCACCAGCUCCCAUCCACUCCUUCUGGCUGGGUACGAGGAUGGCUCCGUGAUCCUGUGGAACGUCUCUGAAAGGAGAAUGCUGAGCCGGCUCUCAUGCCACAAGGAGCCAGUCAUGAGCCUUGACUUUGACUCAAGAAAGGCCAAAGGGGUGUCGGGCUCCUCCGAGAAGGUGCUUUGCGUCUGGGGCCUGGAUGAGCAGCAGAAUCUGAAGGUUUGCAGAACUCAGGAGCUCACCAACCCCGGCAUAGCAGACGUGGCCAUCCGGCCAGAUGGGAAGAUCCUGGCGACGGCCGGCUGGGAUCAUCGAAUUAGACUCUUUGGCUGGAAGCAGCUGAAGCCCCUAGCAGUCCUGGACUACCACAGCGCAGCUGUUCACUGCGUGGCCUUCUCUGAUCCUGGGCAGCCGAGGGAGCAGCUGCUGGCCGGUGGCUCCAAGGACCAGCGCAUCAGUGUCUGGUCAGUGUAUAACCAGAGCUGA